GACAUGGCCGACAUCUCCCAUACAACCGACGACGGCCAGCGUCAUUCAACCAGUCCGCGGACUAUUGUAAGGCAGUCACAAGCAUCGUCGCCUCUUCAUCUCAGGUCUGAACAAUCAUCUCCUCCAGCGUCUCAGGGAGAAGAGGAGACAAUGGCUGCGACCAGAAGCAGCAACAGACCCAAGGGAUCUGCAUCAGCGAGAGGAACGGGUCGAGUGAUGAGCACUCGCAGCUCGGGAAGGGUCGAGCAGCCAACUCAACUGAGCACAGUCAUUACUCCAGAUGAGGAUCAGGAGAUGGAGAGCGAGGAUGAUGGUACCACACGACCUGAACGGAAUAUAAGUAAAAGAGAUGUAAAUAUGGAAGAUAGCGCAGUGGUGAACAAAGCUGAGGAAGGAACACCUGCCGUAAGGGAAGGCGAUGUAGGCGAAGGUGAAGUUGAGGAUGAAGAGUCCGAUCCUGUCAGUCAAUUUGACUCGCCAGUAAAAUUUCCCGAAGGGUCAGACGACCUUACGCCUCCUCCCCCGUCGCCCACUCCCUCACCUCCAAAGCCUGUUUUCCGACCAAACUUGAGGAUCAAAGUCAAAUUUCAAGGAAAGACGCCAAUCAAAGCUCGUCCAGCGACGGCAAAGGGCAAGAAUAAACUCCCCUUCCGUCGUGGGAAAGGAGAGUGGGAUGGGCGCAAGUUUCCCGAUGGACCUCUGUCGCACAAGCGCAGGGUCCCUCCCACCGCGACUGGCGCGCCAAGCUCUACUCCCGCAUUAUCCGCCACUCCUGGGCAUUCGAUCGAACCUACCCCAGCACCAGAGGACGAGGAAUUGUCCCCCGUGCCUGCCGAUUUCGAAUAUUUGGAGGAGGAAGACAUGAGCCGAUCGUUGUCUACGAGGACGGAACCUACGAAUAUGGACGUUGAUGAGGAACCAGAAGAGGAGGAGGAUGAGCAAGAGGAGCAAGAUGAGCUAGAAGAGGAGCAGGCGGAGGAGGAAGAGGAAGAAGAGGAGGAAGCUGAGGAGGAAGCUGCGGUGGAUGAGGUCGAGGAGGACGAAGACGAAGAAGAGGACGAAGAGGAGGAGAUGAGCGUUCCACCGCCUGGGAGGAUGACAGCCAGGCAGGCAGCGAUGAAAGGCACUGGUGCAACGGUAGAGUUUAUCGAAUUGCCGACUGGCCCUGGGAAGAAGAAGAACCUCACACCGCAGGAGAUGGAACUGCGCAAACAAGAGCAGUCCCGGAAACGCAGUCUGCAAAGCGCACAAAAGCUUGAAGACGAAAAGCAAGCGACUAUCCGCCGUCUGCUGUCGAAGCAAGCCCCUAAGACUCGAAGCUCGCGAAGCGGUGUGAGCUCGACGACGGCACCUGGCUCAUCAGGGGAUGGAAGCGUGACACCCCAACUUGCACCCGCGCCUACGCUCUCACGCUGGGUGUCGAGCAAGGACGGCGUGCGCUGGGCCGUCCCUCCGGAAGCGAAGUGGCUCGCUUAUAUGGGUCCUGUGAAGCGCGUAGGACCGGGGAGGAUGCAAGAGAUCAAGGGGGAGACAGAGGAGGACGUGGAUAUGGACGGCCCUGCUGAUCUCGGGGAGGCGCAUGUCGAGCUUGUCCCACCUCCACGAGCACGUCCGCAGGCGAUAUGCGCUAUUGAUGGGUGUGGACAGGCGAGGAAGUACCGGAGCGUGAAGGACUUUGGGCGGGGUGCGUGCGGGCUCGAGCACCUGAGAGUGCUCAACACCCUGAUUGUUUAAAUUCAUUUCCCUCGAGUUGUCAGUCUUGUAUACCGAGCAGUGUAACUUAUAGAUAAC